AUGAUUGAACGGUUCCACAGAUCUCUCAAAUCAUCUCUCCGAGCCAGAUCUUCAGACUCCGACUGGGUUUCUCAUUUACCUCUGGUUCUCUUGGGUCUUCGUUCAGUUCCCAAAGAAGACACCGGGUUCUCCGUCUCAGAAGCAGUAUAUGGUUCUCCUCUGACAAUCCCUGGAGAAUUUUUAGAUGCUCCUGAAUUGCCAAGUUCUCAAUUCCUCAGCAAAAUGGAGAGAGUCAUCACUGGUUUCUCAGUUCCUUCGCCUCACCAUGUGCAACAUUCGUAUCCAGCUGAGGUUCCGGCAACUCUCAGAACCGCCAAGUUUGUGUUCGUUAGAGAAGAUGCAAGCAAACCUUCACUCAGCCCUCUAUAUCGUGGUCCUUACCUGGUUGUAGAACGGCGGAGUAAGUUCUUCCGCCUCCAGAUUGGUGCCAAGGUAGAUUCAGUUUCUGUGGACCGUCUCAAGCCAGUAUUCUCAGAUUCUCCGGUGAUCCCUGCAGCCCCUCCAACUCAAGGACGUCCUCCUCUUCGUCAAUCAAAGGAUCCUCCUGUUCAAUCAUCCGCCGCGAAACCAUCUGCCUCCGAGAAGAAGUCUGUUGUGUUCCUAGCCCAACCUGUAAUCAUUCCAAGAAGGAACCCUCACAGACAAGUCAGGAAAGAAGCCCUUGCUCCGCCGUGA